UCUCAGUUUACGUUUGUAAACAAAUUCAAAAAGGUUAGCCGAAGAAGCUCAGUUGCGCGCUUCUACACCGCCUAAAUUCCAUCCGCUCUUCCUCUCUCUAGGGUUUCGGACAUGACAUCACUGGCGUCAAUGGCAGCCACUCUUAGCCAAUCGGACACCGAUGCCCCUUUCUCCGACUGCCCGAUCACCUAUCUUCUCCCUCGGACCUUCGGCUCCUCGUUUUCCGCCGGAGCUGCGCUGUUCGAGUCUGAUGAUCCAGACUACAUUAGCAGUCUGUUCAACUCCACGGCGCUGAAAAAGUCAGCACAGCUUCUGGAACAUGCAAAGAUGAUAAGCAAUAGCAACUGCUCUAGCAUUCCUGCUUCGAGCUUUGAAGACGGAAAUUAUAUUUUGGCUAAGAGAAGUUACGAAGGUCAAAUAGAAUUGCAAGGAAAAAGGGCCCGUCAACGUCGACCUGGCCUUCCUGGUCUUCCUGGUGUUGAGCGGGGGGGACUUGUCUUUAACUUUUCAGCUAAGACGACUGCUGCUGAGGUUUCUCAGAUGGGGACAUCAGAUGACUUUUCCAAGAGGCCAUGUUGUGUUGAAUCAAAUAGUCAAUCUUGGCCAGUUAUAGACUACAGUUGUCUUGAGCAUAUCUCUGAUCCAAUUGAGUAUUUCUCAACUUAUAGAAUGCUUGAAAAUGCGGAGAAAGAGGUAAAGAAACUAAAAGGUGAGGUUUCUCCGAAGCUCAGCCAACCUCAAGGCAGAAGAGAUCGCCAACGUCGUCCCGGACUUCCUGGUCUUGAAGGAAAAAAAAAUGUGUUCAAGUUUCCAGUUAUGACUGGUACCGUGGAGGAUUAUCAUAUAGAAAAAUCUACCCAGUCCAAUGGUGUAAAUAUUUCUGAAUUAACCAUUGCUUCCUGUUCCAAAGAAAUAAGCCAAAUCAAGAAUUCACAAACUGUUGCACCAGAAAGCAAACUCGCUGGAAAUGCAGAAACUUUUGAUUCAAACGUAGACAAGGAAUUUGAUGAAUUAGAGAGGCUUUUAUCUAAAUGUAAAGAAUUAGAUAAUGAUGGUAUAGCAAAUUUUGUAAGGGAGAGCCUGCAGAUUACUCCAAUUCAUGUGGAGAAGUCGAGAGGCCUUCCAUUCUCCAUUCCAACAGAAAAUAAGUUUGAAAGCCCCAAACUUAGCCAUAUUUUGUCUAAUGCAAACAGAAAUAAAAUUGAUGGGCUGCCAAACUUGAAAGAGCGUUUAUCAUUAAUAAUUCCGCAGGGUGAUCCAUGCUUCCCCCAUCAAAAUGAUCGUGAUAAGCAGAGUGAUGGUUCUACGGAACUAGGUUCUAAUUGCAAUGUUUUCAGUGCUGAUGGAUUAGAGAAAUUACCGAGCAGUCAGGGAGGAAUGCAGGAGGAUUUGGAGAAGCAUAAGCCUGAUGGCAAUGAAAUUAGAGUUGAUGGGACAGCAGAAUUGGAGCAGGUGACAUUGAAGACUAAGCUGCCUGAUGCAGAGAUGACAAAUGCCAUUGAUCACUUAUCAGCCUUGAAAAAAUCCAUUCCAUUAAUUGAUAUACAGGGUAGACUUGCUAAAAUAUCAACCUUGAAAAGGAACUUAUUGCAAAAUACCACUGAUGGUGAACUGCCCAUGUUUUCAUAUGCUGAUUUGGAAGAUUCUUCAUUAAGUAAAAUCCAGGAAAUGCUUUCUAUUUCGCCAGGAGAUGUUAUUCAUCUUGAUGUUGGCUCUAAGGAUGCUCAGAAUGCUUCCUUUCCAGGAUUGUCAUAUCUAAAAAGGUCGAGUUUUGAGGAUAAAAUGCAUUCUCCAGUAGCUGAGAAUUCUGAGGAAGAUAAGAACAUUGGCAGAGGGAAAAUAUCAGAUCCUAUAGGACGCCAAUUUAUUUUACUUGAGGACACAUGCCAGAGGCCAAAUGGAACUAUUUCUGAUGAAGAGUUUGUAUCUAUAGUAUGUGGCGCUAAUUUGGAGGAGGCUGGCCAGUCUUCAGCUUCAGUAGAUCGCAGACCAACAGAAAGUUUAGCAAACCAUUCUAGUGAAAAUUUGCUUCAGCCCCUUGUGAUUACUGAUGCUUCGGAACAAAUAUUACAUUCAGAGGCGCCAGAUGAUGACAGCCUUCCAGAAAAUUCUGCUUUGAUUGAUGAACAAUUGGAAGCGACAUGUGAAGAUCUGAAUGGAAGGAAUAAGAAUCAGGGACUCACGGUUGCUUCUGGAGGAUCUUCAAGCAGAAAAUUGGAACGAGAGGAACCUACAAGCAGGCGAAGGAAGCAAAAUUCAAUUUUGAGAAGGAAAAGCCUUACAGGUGCUGGCACUGUAUGGGAAUCUGGAGUGCGGCGGAGCACUAGAAUCAGAAUGAAGCCCUUGAAGCAUUGGUGUGGCGAGAGAUUUUUAUAUGCCCGAAUACAUGACAGCCUAACAACUGUCAUCGGGGUGAAGAAAUUUGAAACUCCACCGCAGAAUGGAAGAAAGACUGUGAUGAAGGUGAAGUCGUACGUCUCAGACCAGUAUGCAGAUCUGGUUGCUCAAGCUGCGUUGCAUUGAAUGAUACACGCCAAGGCUAUUAUACAGGAAAGUGCUACUCUCUUGAGAAGAAAUUAUAUUUUCAAUCUAUAUUGGGUUGGUUUAAUAGUACAGUACCAAUCUUGCAUAUAAUGGUACAGAACUGGUAAGGAUCUUGCUCGCAAACAAUAUUAUAAGCUGUACUCGUCUAAUAAUUGCUAGUCUCGUUUCUUUCUUUAUCGACGAUAAGCAGCGUUUCUAUGUUUUGUUGUUGGCCAUCUAUUAUAGCUUUUUGACCUGUAA